AGAGACAGGUUCGCUGACUCUCAUUUAGCCGUGCCUACUCUUACAUACGCACACCUUCAGGCAGCUCAGCUGAUCGCUGUUGGAAAGCGAGCAGCCGCUUGUGUACAGGAUCUCAUGCUCGACCUCCACGGUAUCGAGAAAGUCCGUAACGAACUAAACUUUCGCGAUGCUCAAAGGACGACUGGAUGCAGGCUAGCUUGCUCUCCAUCUUUGCUGAUGAUGUUUCUUGAACGACUUCUAAUGUCAGAAAUGCGUUUUGAGAAAGUCUGCGGCCUAGCCCGUGAGCUGCCAUCUAAGCCGGCCACGUUUGCGAACACUCAUGCAGAUCAAUGUUGUGAGCGAACUCUAGAUGGUAGUAUUAUUCGAAGAUAA